AGAAAGCAGCCCGCAUCAUCAUCACACGGUGAAAUGGAAAUCCACCGAUGGAAAACCGCGUCAGUCCCAUUCCAGGAGCUCUCCAGCUAAGGUGACAAAGUCAGGAUGUUUUUACUGAGCUUAAAUGUACUGCUGCUCCUUGCCUUUGCCCUUGGGCGAGAUUUACGCCAGCUGUCGUGCAAUUCUGUCAACCACAUAGAAGAAGGCGAGGAGGUCAACUUCGUCUUCGUCAGCUCUAAGACUAACGAUUGCACGUUCCUCUUCGAAGGUCGGUCCGGCACACGGCUCGACAUGAAGGUCCAUAGCCUGACCGAAGGCAAUUACAUAUCAGGCAACCCUUGCGGAAAUAAAACAAGGAUAAUGGUGUUCGAUCUCAGGAUUAGCGGAUUCGUCGAAAUGGGAGAAAGAUUGUGCUCGGAUAAAGACGAAGUGUCCGUUGUGACCGAAUCGAACAUGGGGAUCGUCAGGUCGCAUGUCAAGGGUUCCUUCUUCGUCAGAGUCAAGUCCUUGCCGAAACGUUCGCCCACCUUCGACAAUUUCGGCAUCGUCGGUAUGGAACCGCCGUUCGAAGGUUCGGCCGACUUCUUCCGCCUCUCCGAGCCUGUUCAUGGCGAUUUCCGUCCCAGCCUCGGCGUCCCGGGUUACGCCCCUCUCAGCUCGUCUUACGGGCCACCUUCACACAGGCCUUUCCCGUAUCCUGGAAAACCCGGGCAGAUCGUUGACAUCACCUCGCCCAAACCCGAAGCCGGUAAAAUCAACUCUACAACGUUGACCACCGUCGCAACUUCUGCAAUGACAACUCCGGUCAACGUGACACUCAGGCCAAAUUCGACUGAAUCAACCAAUGCGACUCUUUCGACUACAACCACACCCAAAACAACCGUCGAAGAAUUUUAACCAAUAAUUUAAAAUAUUUAAAUCCUCUUUUCAUACUUCCAGAAUCUAUUAUAGUAUUAAAACAAAAAUUAUACCAUAUAAACAUUAUAAUAACAAAAUAUACAUGUAA